CACAAGUAGAAAAAUAAUUAUUUGUUGUUGUUAGAAGUGUCAUAAAGAUAUAUAUGUAAUUACUAACGUAAGUAAAAAUGGACAAAGAAUUAAACAAAGCCAAAUCACACUCGCUAUACUUCUAAUUUUUUUUCCCCCCUUAUUUGUUACUUUUCUCAAACAUUAUCGUUUAAUACUAUCUUCCCACGUCCAAUUUUCACCUUCUUUUUCAUUCUCUUUUUUGUUUUCGUCCUUUUCACUAAACACGAAUAUGAGCAUGGCACGACACGAUUCGAACCGUGCUCGGACCUGGGCUGGGCCUAGCAAAGUUAACAAAUGGGCUUGCAUGGCACGACACGAAAACUGACGGGCCGUGCCAAGCACGAAACAAAAUAAAUGGGCCCGAAGCGUGCCUGUGACAUGUCGUCCCAAGCACGACCCAUCGCCCAUGUACAAUUGUGAGAUUGACAACCCAUUUUAUAACCAUAGAAUUCAUUCUCUCUCUUGUCUCUUUCUUCUUUUUUACAAAUCAAUGGUACAUAUUGGAUUAAGGGUAUUUUUGGACGAAAAAAAUUGACCACACUAGAUAGUUACCCCUAUUAAUACCCAAAACCCUACAUUCUCUCUCUCUCUCUCUCUCUCUCUCUCUCUCUCUCUCACACACACACACACACACACUUUCUUCUUCCUAUUCUUCUUCCUCCCAUCUCUUCCCUCUCUCUAUGUCGGCUGCCGCCGCCGCCACAGCCCUCUCGCCGACCCUCCGCCUCUCAUCACCGCUGCAACCCUCCUGCUGUCGUGCCCUCCGCCUCCCAGCACCGCCAUGUCCCUCCCACCGCAGCCAUCGCGGCCUCCUCCUCCCACCGUCGCGCUAUCACCCUCUCCCCGUCGCAACCCUCCAGUCGCCCUUUGUCUCCCACCACCACUGUCGCCACGAGGUCACCGCCUCUCUCAUGCCUCCUCCUUUCCUCAUCCCUGAUUUUUUCUCCAUAUCUGUGAUUUUUCAUAUUUCAGAUCUGGCUUUUUUGCGCUAGUCUCUAGUGGUACGCUACCAGUGACACUUGUAUCGCUACCGCUACCAGUGGUACUGGUACCGCUACCACUACGACUACAAGUUGUACUGGUAGCGCUACAAGUGGUAAUGGUACCGUACCACUAGCCCUGGUAGCGUACCACUAGUGCUGAUAGCGCUACGAGUAGUGGUAUCGUACCAAUACCAAUGGUAGCGUACCACUAGUCGAAAAUCACUACCACUAGCGCACUGAUGAAGUGGUACUUUUUUGCAGGUGGCAGGAGUGAGUCUGAUCGAAGGAUUUCAACGGAAAAAAGUCUGCCGGUCGGAGAAAGUUUGAAGGCUAGAACAGAGAGGCUAUUGGAAAAAAAAAAAGAGAUAGAGAAAGAUACAAGCGUAUUAAUUGUAGAGUUUAAUUUUUUUAAAAAAGGCAUGUAAUUAAUAUGGGAUUUUAAUUCUCAAUGUGUAAUUAAUACAAAGUAAUUAAUUAAUAAAUUCAUUUUUUCAUACCCAAAUUAUCUUGGUUGUCACCGUAUCCGGCACCUGGUUGAAAUUUAGACCGUUUGACAAUAGUAAUCACUUCGUCUAUUAGCGCAUUAGUUCAUCUAACUUAAUUAUUAACGGAUGUAUAUCAAUUCAUAAACUAACUUUCGGAAAAUGUAUCCUACAUGUUUUGAAUAUUAGUGAAUUGAUUAGAGUUUGAAUUCAUGCUCAUUAGUGUUUAUUGGUCGAGAACCAUAAUUUUUUUUGGUAAUAAGUCGAGAACCAUAAUAACCCGCAAUGAUAUAAAUCUAAGUAUAUAAAUUAUCAUUGUUAUUUGCGUUUAAUCAAUUAUAUUGAUACAAUAUAUAGAAUUCAAGUGAUAAGUCGGAUGCAUCACUAAAACCAAUAAUUUUUUAUUUUUAAUAAAAAUAAAAGUUUGCCAAUUUUUAGUAGGAUAAAAGUCAGUAACUAAAUAACCAAUUUUCAGCAGGAUUCCAGGAAAAUAUUCUCAAAAUUCUGAUUAGGGAUUCCGGGCCCGGGGAUUAAUUACCUUCCCGUUCGUAGCUCACAGGCUAUUAGGUAAACUAGCAUUGGGCCCGGCCCGUUGGCCGGCAAAGUUAGAUGCUGCAAUUAUACGCUGCUUAUAAUGACACUAAACACAAAAAAAAAGGUAAAUUGAAGCUGCUUAUAAUUUUGUUAGCAUACUAAGUUGCCACAGUAUGGAAGUAAACUAAACUACUAUCUUAAACUCACACAUUAGCGAAGUUGCUAUCAUAUACCCACACAAAUGCAGUUAUUGCUGAUUUACUGCUAUAAACUGUUGGGAAUGACUCUUCGGUUUCUAACAUAAACUUAAACUCACAUAGAUGCAGGUUGUUGCCACACAAUUACAGGCGGGUGCUGUGAUAAACACAUUAAAUUAUAUUGUGCCUGUCAUAAACACACAAAAUGCGUGUGAUUUCAACUUGAGUGUCCCAUUUUCAUUGGACAACAAUAACCAAAAGAUAUCAGCGAAACUAUUUACAAUCUAGAAGCGUGAGCUUCCGAAAAUCAAACCACUCACUAACGUACUAUAAAUGAAAAGCACGCUACUAAACGUAAUAAUCACAAAGCAAACCUUAACUACAAAAUUAUUCUAACAAUUAUAUUCCUCUUCCUCAGUGUCAAUCAACUAUAUAUUUCUUUUAUGCCUCUUUAAGGUACUCUCUUCAAGACCUUUAGAUUCGGCUUAGUGUUGCAAGUUUCCUCAAAGUUCAGAACCAACUUUGUUUCAUCUUGUGGGUUGUUCUCAUAAUUUACCAACUUUGUUUCAUCUUGUCACAGGUUGACUUAAUGUUUCACUUAUUUACUGUAAUGCAAUUAUAUUGAUAAGAGAAACACAAAUUAUGAAACUAAGUUAGUAAAUUAUGUCCAACCAAUUAUUAUUUAUAAUCUAAAUGUUGACGACUUUUCAUUCAAUACGCUGACCAAAAAUACUUAGCUUGAGGGUUGAUCAAGUUAAAUUGAGUGUUCAACAUGCAAUUUCAGUUUCAUGUUAACAACUUACUGGAUUUUUAGAGGAAUUGGAAUUUAGGAUAUAGAGUAGAUGGCAAGCCUUUAGCCCUCUAGCUCAAUUACCAUAAUUCAAGUCAUCUCCUCGUUAAGAUUUGUAGCUCCGCAACUGUUUAUACCUAUGAUUAUUAUAGAGUUAAAUUCAAAUAAUAACAUAAUUCUCUGUUCCUAUAACCAAAAUAUGGACAAAGUAAAGAUAACGGCCAACACGUGUCGGUGUAACAGGUGGAAUCAAAGACUUCCUAAGUUACCAUUAUCACAGCAAACAUGUUUUUAACAAAAGUGGCUUGCUCAAAAGAGAAACCUAUCUUUGUCAAGAAACAUAUGUUCAUACAAUUCAAAUUGACAGUGUAUAUCAUGAGGGCAAGCUCAGUCUUUCUCUAUCGCUGAAUUCAUGUAGGCAGAUUGUUUAACUUUUCAUAUUAUGACAAAUAUCCUUUUAUAUUAGGAAUAACCUUUACCCUCUUCUCAUUAUAGCUUGAUAAGUCUUAUAUAUCCACAACAAUUGGAACAAAUUUAAGAUGUGACU